AUGCCUCUCUUCUCCCGCCACACCGAGCCCGAGGCCCAGCCCGUGCACGUCGAGCCCGCCUACGAGGAGCGCCCCAAGCGCCACGGCCUCUUCGGCUCCAAGCGCGAGCCCUCCCCGCCCCCCGUCGCCGCCGCCACCAACCACUCCACCAGCCGCUUCUCCCGCUCCAGCGGCACCCACCACUCGCGGCACUCGCCCAGCCCGCCGCGCGAGGCCACCGCUUCCUCCGGCGGCGGCAUCUUCCGCCGCUCCACCGACGCCGCCAGCGGCCGCUCGAGCAUCGGGUCCGGCGGCGGCGGCCUGCUCCACCGCCACGGCGACCGCGACAUGGACCCCAGCAUCGUGCAGGCGCGCGAGCGCGUGCUGAGCGCCGAGACGGCCGAGCGCGAGGCCGACCGCGCGCUCGACGUCGCGCGCCGCGAGGUCCGCGAGGCGCGGGACCAGGUGCGCAAGCUCGAGCUCGAGGCCAAGGAGGAGGCGCGCCGGGCCAAGAUCAAGGCCUUCCACGCCAAGGAGGUGUCGAAGCGCGGCAAGGCCCUCGGACGUGAGUGCUUUCUCUCUCUUGUCGCAUCUCAGUGUGAUGAUAACAAGUGA